AUGGCAAUUCAUUACCUGAUCCUGUUGUCGCGGCAGGGCAAAGUGCGUCUCGCCAAAUGGUUUACUACUCUCUCGCCUAAGGAGAAGGCCAAGAUCAUCAAAGAUGUAACUCAGCUCGUCCUGUCCCGUCGCACCCGAAUGUGCAAUUUCCUUGAGUACAAAGACACCAAGGUCGUCUACCGCCGUUAUGCCUCCCUUUUCUUCAUCGCCGGUUGCGCCUCCACCGAUAACGAGCUGAUUACCCUCGAAAUCGUGCAUCGAUAUGUUGAGCAGAUGGACAAAUAUUACGGCAACGUAUGCGAGCUCGACAUCAUCUUCAACUUCCAAAAGGCAUAUUUCAUUCUCGAUGAACUUCUGCUUGCGGGCGAGAUGCAGGAGAGCAGCAAGAAGAAUGUGCUCAGGUGCAUAAGUCAACAGGAUAGUCUGGAAGAUAUUGAAGUGAGUUGA